UAAGGACCUGAUUACUUUUCUGGAUGUCGAUUCGAGCGAGUCUCCGGUGCCGAAGCUCUCCACACCGGGCUUCGUUGCGCUCUCAGUCUUUUUGGGCUUUAUAAUGACUUUUGGCUUUUUGAACAACUUCGUCGUCUUGGUGCUUUUCUGUAAAUUUAAGAAACUGAGGACGCCGGUGAAUCUGCUCCUGCUGAACAUCAGUGUGAGUGACAUGCUGGUGUGUUUAUGUGGCACGACCAUGAGCUUCGCGUCUAGUGUGCGCGGCCGCUGGCUGCUGGGGAGAACCGGCUGCAUGUGGUACGGCUUCAUCAACUCCUGCUUCGGUAUUGUGUCUCUAAUAUCCUUGGUGAUUUUGUCUUAUGAGCGCUACAGCACAAUGUCAGUGUAUAACAACCGUGGACCAAACUACCAUAAGCACUUGCUUGCAGUUGGGGGCUCAUGGUUGUACUCUUUGAUUUGGACAGUGCCACCCCUGCUGGGCUGGAGUAGUUACGGUUUAGAGGGCGCUGGCACCAGCUGUUCAGUGACAUGGACCGAUCACUCCUCAGAAUCCCAUUCCUACAUUAUCUGCCUCCUCAUCUUCUGCCUGGGUCUGCCAGUACUGGUGAUGGUGUACAGCUAUGGCAGACUGCUAUAUGCUGUCAAACAGGUGAGGAAGAUUCGUAAGACAGCUCGAAGGAGAGAUUACCACCUGCUGAUUAUGGUCAUCACCACGGUGGUGUGUUAUCUGCUGUGUUGGACGCCAUACAGUGUGGUGGCCAUAAUGGCCACGUUUGGACCACCGGGAAUCAUUACACCUGUUGCCAGCAUAAUUCCCUCUGUGCUUGCCAAGAGCAGCACAGUCAUCAACCCAAUUAUAUACAUCUUCAUGAACAAACAGGAUUAG